UAUGCAUUUCUCCGAUACAACUAUACAAGAGUAGUUUCUUUUGGUUCAUGUGAAUGAAGUCUCCAUCGAAUUAAUUUGCAAAGAGAACAAAAAAUAUCGUUUUUAUCUCCUCGGCAGCAGUUUUUUGGGUGCACAAAUCAGAAUCUUCUCACUAACGCCACAACAAUUUAUAGUUAUUUUGCCAACUAAAAUGCUCUUUUCGUCGACCUAUUGUUUGCUAAUAGCUCACUGCAAAAUUCUGCCUUUUUUCAAUUGAGUGACAUUCAGACGAUGUUAACUUUCAAUUUUAGAAUCGCAAUAUCCUUUGAAGCUGAAGGAGGUUAUCAGAAACUUUUGAGAAGAAAAAUGAGAUAUAAUCAGAUAUUGGUUUCGAAGAUAUCGAAAUUUUGCUACAGAUCAAAGCAUAAGGUGGCGGAAAAGCUAGUUGAGGAAGUGGACAGUUAUGGUGCUGGAAGUAUUUCUGAUCGUUCUAAGUAUCUUGAUAAGGUUUCUGUUAUGUUAGGGUACAGUAAACUUGAUGGUUUAGUAAAUGGAAGAAGUCAGAAAGAAUCAGGUGUGGUUUUAAAAGAUGGGUUAGACACCUUUGAUGUUUCCAUCAUGUGCAAAAUAUUUCCAUCCAUCAUCAUUGGAAGCUCACCCCCGGUGGAACUGUACAAUGAUUCUGCUUGGCAUUCUCAAAUAAGGACUUAUUCUCCAGUUCUAAGCUCUGAAGAAUUUCAACCUAUCCUGACAGAAGGGAAGUGGAUGAUUCCGGAAACUCUUACAGAAAUGGGCCCUUCUCUUAAUUACAAGGUUCCAAAUAUGAGUUCCUCAUGUGAAGAAGUUUCUUUUCCUUCACCAUUCCAAACUCAGUCUGAUGGUAUGGAAGAUCAGCAAUUCGGUUUUCCAGGUUCUGGAGAAUCUCCAGCUCCUCCAAUGGUGCUUGAGAAGGACAAGUUAUCUCGGUUGAUUCUUGACAAGCCUAUUAGCUUCAUAGAGGGAUUGAGCAAAAGGCAAACUCGUCAGCUGGAAGACUGUGAUUUCCAUACGUUGCGCAAAUUGUUGCACCACUUUCCUCGUACCUAUGCUGAUCUACAAAAUCUAAAUAUGGGAAUUGAGGAUGGCCAGUACUUGAUUUUUGUUGGGAGGGUUUUGUCUUCCAGGGCCAUAAAAGCUAGCUACUCCCUAUCGUUUUUGGAGGUGGUAGUUUGUGGUAAGGUUGAUCUUGUAGCAAUUGACGAAGUUGAACAAGACGGCAUUAAGGGUGAAGGAAAGAAGAUAAUAUAUAUACAUCUGAAGAAAUUUUUCCGUGGCACUCGUUUUACUAGUCAAGGUUUUCUUCGGUGUGUCGAGAAAAAGCAUAUUGAAGGUGAUAUUGUGUGUGUUAGUGGCAAGGUGAGAGGCACCUCUAAGGAAGAUCACUAUGAAAUGAAAGAGUAUAGCCUGGAUCUAAUUGAAAAUGAAGAUGAUCCAUCUGUUCCUAUGAACGGUAGACCAUAUCCUAUAUAUCCUUCAAAGGGUAGCCUCAAACCUCAAUUCUUCAGGGACAUUAUGACAAGAGCAUUGCAGUCAUUGCAUUCUAAUAUUGAUCCUAUUCCUGAAGAUAUCACAAUAGACAUUGGACUUCCGGGGCUCCAUGAUGCAUAUAUUGCGAUUCACCAGCCUAAGGAUUUAGAUCAUGCUGAUCUUGCUCGCAGGAGGUUUAUAUUUGACGAGUUCUUUUACCUUCAGUUGGGACGCAUGUACCAAAUGCUUGAAGGUCUUGGAUCAAGAAUAGAGAAGGAAGGAUUGCUUGAAAGAUACAGACAUAUGGAGCAAAGUUCAAUUUUCACGGAGGAGUGGUGUGACCUCACUAAGAGGUUUUUUGACGCACUUCCUUAUUCGUUAACGAAAGGUCAACUAAGUGCGGCUUCAGAGAUCAUCUGCGAUCUAAAGCGACCAGUUCCCAUGAAUCGGCUGCUGCAGGGUGAUGUGGGCUGUGGAAAGACAGUUGUUGCUUUUUUGACUUGCAUGGAAGUCGUUGGUUCUGGAUAUCAGGCAGCUUACAUGGUCCCAACUGAGUUGCUUGCAGUCCAGCACUAUGAGGAGUUAUCUAAUCUGUUGGAGAAUAUGGAAUCUGCUAGCAAACCUUCCAUUACACUUCUAACGGGGUCAACUCCAACAAAACAAGCACAGAUGAUACGCAAUGAACUCCAAGCAGGGACUAUAUCUUUAGUAAUUGGAACCCAUAGUUUGAUAGCUGAAAGUGUGGAAUUUUUGGCUUUGCGACUUGCAGUGAUAGAUGAGCAACAUCGCUUUGGUGUAAUCCAGAGAGGAAGAUUCAAUAGUAAGUUAUGUUGUGCAUCUACAUCUUCUGGAACUGGUUCAGCUUCUUUCGGUGGUGCCACGAAAGUUGAAAUCCAGAUGGCACCUCAUGUUCUUGCAAUGUCAGCUACCCCAAUCCCAAGAAGUCUUGCUUUGGCUCUUUAUGGAGAUAUGUCGCUGACUCAGAUAACAGAUUUGCCUCCAGGAAGAUUGCCUAUCGACACACGUAUCAUCGAGGGAGAUGAGAAUGGAUUUGAGAAGGUUUAUGAGAUAAUGCUCCAGGAACUGGAAGUCGGUGGGAAAGUGUAUCUUGUAUACCCAGUAAUUGAACAAUCUGAGCAACUUCCCCAGCUGCGUGCUGCUUCAGGAGAUUAUGACACUAUAUGUUCAAAGUUUCCGAAUUAUAAAUGUGGGUUACUACAUGGAAGAAUGAAGGGUGAUGAAAAGGAUAAAGCACUAAAAUGUUUCAGAGAUGGCGAAACGCAGAUACUUCUUUCUACUAUAGUUAUUGAGACAGGAAUUGACGUGCCAGAUGCGUCCAUGAUGGUGGUUAUGAAUGCUGAAAGAUUUGGGAUGGCACAGUUGCACCAACUUCGAGGUCGAGUUGGACGUGGUACUAGGAAAUCCAAGUGUAUACUUGUUGCAUCGACUGCAAGUAGUUUGGGUCGCUUGAAGGUGCUGCAACACUCGUCAGAUGGAUUUCAUCUGGCAAAAGUUGAUCUUCUCCUACGUGGACCUGGUGACUUGCUUGGAAAGAAGCAGUCUGGACACCUUCCUGAUUUUCCUAUAACUAGACUGGAAAUUGAUGGAUCUAUUAUCCAAGAUGCUCAUGUGGCUGCACUGAAAAUACUAAGCACCUCCCAUGAUCUGGAGCUAUUCCCGGAGCUUAAAGCUGAGCUUAGUAUGCGACAGCCACUUUCUAUCCUAGGUGAUUGAGGUGCAGACAAAUAGCAUGACAUAUAAAGCGUUCAUUCCUCAUCUUAAAUAAAUGAAUCACUCCAUCAGAGAAAUGAUUCUAUAUUUCUCCCUUUUGAAAAAUGUAACACCUAAACAUUUAUUCUAAUCUUUGAUCUGAUAUCUUUUUCAAAUAUUUUGACCACAUUACGUAACUUUUUGUGGUUUUUCUCUUAAUUCAUUUUAUGUAUUUAUAUGUAAAAUUCUAUCUUCUAAAGCUUUUGUAUUGCUAUUUAAUAUCUAAUUUUUUAA